CGAUUUUUUCAUUCGCUGCAAGUGACUAUAUUCAUGCGUGUUUGGAAUUGUGCACUGUGCAGUGACGUCUAACUCCUACUGUCACUUGCUACUGCUAUCUGCUUCGUGUUAUGUUUACUUUGGAAAACACAUAAACGUUGAAAUUGUUGCUCCAAUUCGUUGUAUUGUGGAAAUAAUUAAAAAUAAGUGUUGCAGUUUACUUAUUUGCUGAAAUAACUGCUGAAAGAUCGCAUGAUAAGAGCUAAAAGUGUAAAAUAGGUUAUAUUUAUCAGUUUUUUAAACACAACAAAGAUUCCAAGGGGUCGAAAAUUCUAAAAAUUCAUUUAUAAUGUCGGAAGAUGAUCAAACUGUCAAGUUUGCCAAGCUUAGAUGUGCUCCAGAGCCUAGUUUUUGGGCUAAAUUUGCCGAACUUAAAAUUGAUAAAUUUAAAUUAGAUGAAAAUAUUAAAAUUCCUUUGUGGGGAAGCUAUAAUUUAGAAGAAACUGGACAUGAUCAACCAUUGUUUUUGGAUUACACGUCAUUCAAUGACGAUCUAGAAACUACAACUCAUAAAUCCUCUAUAUCAUGUCGUGGUUACAUGAUAAAUACCAAUACUCUGGAGAGUUACAAGAGUAUUGAUAUGAAGAAUUUCUUGAAAACUAAUAGUGAAGACUUACUCAACUCAAUGAAAGAUGGAAAUGCUGUGGAUGAUCCAUCAAAACUUAUGAUAUUUUUGCUGCUAUGUUUUUCUGACUUGAAGAAGUAUAAGUUUUACUAUUGGGCAGCACAUCCUGCUCCCUUUGACUUACCUGAAAUGCAUUAUGCUGAACCACAUGUGACUUUAUUGACAAAGUUUCCACAAAGUCAACUGGAUAAUUUCAAAGAUGGCCUUAGGAAUUUAAGUGCUGAUUCAAAAGGUUUUUUUUCUGUGAUAAUUGAAGAUUCAAAUAUUUUAAAAGUAAAGAAAUUAUCCGAUGCAAUUGCACUUGCUUCUAAAAAAGAUGAAAAAAUUACAGAGAAUAUUUAUUAUGCAUUUUAUGAUCCAUGUUCAUCUGCUGCUCCAGGAUGGCCUUUAAGAAAUUUAUUAUCUUUAUUAUUUAUACAAUGUCCAUAUUUAAACUACCAGAAAGGAGUCAAAUUUAUCUCAGUAAGAGGCUUUAGUGGUAAAGAUUCUGUAAUUUUUACAAUAAAAACCAAAGAUCCAGUGGAACAAUGUGCAUCAAAAAUAUUAGAUGGAAAUUUAGUCGGUUGGGAAACAAAUGUUAGAGGAAAAAUGGGCCCAAACAUAGCUGAUUUAUCGGAGUCCAUGAAUCCUUCGAAAUUAUUUGACAGAGCAGUUAGCUUGAAUUUAAAACUCAUGAAAUGGAGAUUAGUACCUGAUUUAGAUUUAGAUUGUAUUAGUAAUUUAAGGUGUCUAUUAUUAGGAGCAGGAACAUUAGGAUGCAGCGUAUCCAGAAUAUUACUUGGAUGGGGAGUUCAGAAUAUUACAUUCGUAGAUAACUCAGUAGUAUCACUAAGUAACACAGUAAGGCAGAGUCUUUAUACUUAUGAAGAUGCCAUGAAUAGGCUACCCAAAGUCGAGGCUGCCACAAAUGCCCUACUCAGAAUUAAUCCAAAUUUGAAAGUAGAGGGUGUGAAUUUGCAAAUACCCAUGCCGGGUCACGUAGUCGGGGCCAGUCUCCUCGAGCCGACCAAGCAAGCCAUCGCCAAGCUUGAGGAAUUGUACACGAGGCACGACGUCGUCUUCCUGCUGCUGGAUUCGCGCGAGGCUCGAUGGCUACCCACCGUCAUGUGUGCUUCCUACGGCUUGGUGGCCAUCAAUGCCGCUCUGGGCUUCGACUCGUACACCGUGCAGAGACACGGCACCAGACACGAAGCCACUUCGGGCGAACGCAACGAAUCUCCUGGCGUAGGCGUCAAAGCACCCGAGGGCAAAGAUUUGGGUUGUUACUUUUGCAACGACGUCACGCAACCUGGCAAUUCACAAGCCGAUAGAACUUUGGAUCAGCAGUGCACAGUCAGUCGGCCAGGACUGUCCAAUGUGGCCGGUGGCUUAGCAGUAGAGCUCAUGAUCGCCCUCAUGCAACACAAGGACAGAGCCGAAGCUCGUCCUCUACUCGGCGAAGCAGCCAGAGCUUACAACAGCUCGCCGGAUCCCGAGUCUCUGGGCCUGCUUGGCGGCGUGCCACACACGAUACGCGGCUCUCUGUCGACUUACGAGACGAUGCUCACGGUGACUCAUCGUUUCGCCUCAUGCACCGCCUGUUCGGCGCCGGUGCUGGCCGAGUACAAGGCGCGCAAGGGCGACUUCGUGCUCGACGCCUGCAACCAGCCGAAUUAUCUGGAAAAGCUCAGCGGUCUGAACGAGCUGUUUAGGCCGGAUCUGGACGAGUUAUGCUGUGCUCUCGACAGCGACGACGAGGACUGAGGAGAUCAACUGCUGAAUUCUAAGAAAGUGCAUUUUGAUGAACUGUAAUAAUCGUGGUGGUUUGGAUUGUUUUCAAUCAGUAUUUUUAUUAAUUUCGAUAAUUUAAUUUUGUUAUGCGACACAUAUAGAAUUGUACCCAACGUUGAUUAAUUCAUCAGGAUUUUAGUCGUUUUAUAGAUCAUUUUUAUUUUAUCGGACCAAACGGUGUAAAAGCUCUGCGAAGCUUCUCUGAAGUCAAGCUGUAGCGUCGCUUCGUAAUAAUGUAUUUGGAAUAUAUUCCACGAAGAAUGAAUAAACAAAGUCUUAUUAAAACGUUAAA